GAACGAAAGUUUCGACACCCGUUUCUGACAACACUGGCUGCAGCAUACUCUCUGGGCUGCAGAGCAGAGCAGAGCAGAGCAGAGCAGUCGAGCAGUCUGAAGAGCCAGUGAGAGCAGUGCUGAGGAAACUAGUGGAGGGGAUUUCUGAGCGUAAAGGAGACGUCCAGAGACAUCGUGGGAGAUAGACUGGGCAGAUGAAGAGAAGGGACUGUCGAAGGAACUGACGUUAAUGAUCACGAAGAAGCGUGCGCUCAUCAGUGAAAUCAGCUGUCAGCACUAAAGAUAGAUCGACGUCUGUAAACGAUGGUUUUGUCCCCCGUUGUUCGAGUUAAACUUGUCAUAUUUGCUGUCAUAUGUUUCGUUUUAUGGCAAGCAAUACGCACUGUUCCAAGUUCUACUUCAUUUGAGGAUGCGAUUGGCGAUAGAAAAUAUGAUCAGGUAGUACCUGGUGCCCAAGGAUCCAUUGUGCCAGUGAAAGUUACAGUCUUCUAUGAAUCAUUGUGCCCUGAUUCUCGAAGCUUUAUUACCAAACAACUGCUUCCAAGUUAUGAAAAAGCUCCUCGGUUAAUUGAUCCGGUUUUAGUACCAUAUGGGAAAGCUGAGACACAAGAAUUGCCUGAUGGAAGUUACCGAUUUACAUGUCAGCAUGGACCUCUAGAAUGUCAAGGCAAUAAAGUCCAUGCAUGUGGUAUAGCUAAUAUCAAAGAUAAAGAAGUGCAAUUAAAGUAUAUUGCUUGUAUGAUUAGUGACAAUAUGAAACCAGAAGCAAUAGGAUUAUCAUGUGCUGAAACAUAUGGAGUGCCAUGGGACCCAAUUUUAAAAUGUUCUCAAGAUAACCAAGGAGAUGUUUUGUUGAAACAUUAUGGUGAAGAAACCCACGACUUAUCACCUGCAGUAUCUUUCAUUCCCACAAUCUUACUGAAUGGGUAUCCAAAACCAGAAGAGUGCAGCUGAUUAAAGGAUGCCACUUCAGGAGCCAGCAGCAAAAUAUUUCAGGGGGCCAAUAGAGAAUCUAAAAGAAUGACUAGUUAUAAAAACUAAUUCAUUUUGUAUCAUGAAUUUGAAAUAGCACUGUCCACAAUCUUAAGCCUACAAUUUAAAAUGCUUUUGUACAUAACGGGUUCUUCCACACUGUAUAAAACAUUCUGUACAAUGUCCUUGUAAUAUAGUAGAGAAGCAUAUCACAUGAAUAUGAUAGAUGAAAAUACCAUGGAAUGUCUUUGAAACUUUUGCUGCUUAAAGGUGCAGAUCUCUUUAAAAGUCAGUCAUUCACAAUUAGUAUGUGCCCUUGGAAAACAUGAUCUUAUAAGAUUUUUCUUACUCAUUUUUGGGAAGAAUUGUGUAUAAAAGAUGUUUCAUAAAUUUAAAAAAUGAUUGCAGUAAUAUUAAAACUUAAAUUUUUCUCCCUUUUGCUUCACUCUUGUGCUAUAUUUUACCACUGAUGGUAUUUUACUUCUAUCGUGGUAAAACUAAGAACUAAUUCCUAAAUAUGUUAUUGUUCAAUGUUUUUUGUACAAAUAUUAUUUUUUUAUUUUGACUCUGGGAAGGUAUAUCACCUAGCAUAAUGAUUUUAACUUCUUAGUAGUCUAGUCUUUUUAUCCAUAUAAAAAUAAAAAUGAUAGAUGAAAAAAAAUGCAAUGGUGCUUCUCAGUUGUUUUGUGCAACGGACAUAACAGUUACUGAAAUGCUUAUUGAUAUUGCAAAUUAGUUGAAGUCAGUUUUUAAAGGAUCUUUGAAAAGACUUUUUGUAUUUGUGACUUACUAAAUUAGAUUUGGGUUCCUUUGAAAGCUGUUAGUUACUAAGUACUAAGUGGAAGUCUUCUGACCUGUGAUAGGGUAGGGUAGGAUAUGGGAUAAUAGUUUUCAUUUAAGUUGCAAUGGAAAUAUGUUUAUAUACUUUAUCAGUUGAAGGUUAGUGAGUGUCAAUUAUUGUUCUUGCCUGUACUUUGUUGUUCGGGGAUGAUUCAUGUUGGAUAUUCUGAUUACGGUGUAGGAUGAAGCUCAUCUCUGCAUUUAUAAUGAAAACUAUAAUUUUGGUUGUUGGUAUGGUCUACUAUUGUCUUGUUAUUGUAUUUUAACAUAUUUUCAUAUGUAGUUGAAGGAAAGCUUGUAUAAGUUGUUCGUUCAUGUAAUAAUAUAUUAUAUACUAAUUUCUUUUAACAUUGAAACAAAAAUAAUUUGUUUACCUUCUCCAUUAGAUUUGUUUACCCAUUUUUAAUAUUCAUAACUAGGUAUAUGUAUCUUAGUUCACAUUGCACAUUUGUGUAAGCAAAUUGUUUAACUAGUUUAAACAUUGCACAAAUCAUCUUUGGCAAUAUCGAUAUAUACUCGACUAAAGGGAUGAGAUGACUGUACAUACUUCAAGAAUGUACAAAAUGCAAUGAAAUAUUACCAACUAAUGAUCUCUUCAAUAAUGAAGUCUUACUUGUAGAAAGGAUGAGAUGUAUAUUGUUUAGGUGUAGUUUUUCUCUUAUCAAAUCUAAAGUACAAAUAUUAAUGCUGGACAUGGUACAAUUCUUAGAAAAUAACAUAUUGGAUUUAGAUACUACACUAGACAAUUCAAUAAAUUGUUUUCAAAAUAAACAGACCCGAAGAUAAACUUUACCUUCAAUCUAAAUGAUAAAAUGUUUAACCUCUUGUUUAAAUUUUACUUCCUUUUCAAUUUUUAUACUGAAAGGUAAUUACAAAAUAAAAAUGAAUUACUUCCCCAAAAGUUAACCAAUUUAAUAUUGGGUAUUAAUUUUUGAUCAUAGCACAAACACAAGAGUAUUAUGUGUUCAAUGUAUGUUCAUUUGUUCAUAGAGUUAUUUUAUGAAUGGAAUUGCUGCACAUGUAACUACCCUGGAGCUUAGAUGGGCCUCUGAGAGGAGAAAAGAAAAUUAUUUUGUAUUGGAUUUUUUUUUUUAUUUUUUAAUAAUUUAAAAAUUAAACAGGAUGGUAGUUGUAUAUUUUAUAUAUUUACUUCUAAGGAUUGAAUGGAGGAAAAAUAACAUGAUAGAAACAUCUAGAAAUUAAGCAAAUAAAAUUUCAUAGAUUGGUUAAUCAAACGAAUCUUUGGUUAAGAUCUGUUUGUAUUACAUGUAAAUCAGAAUGAAAAAAAUUCAUGUCUUCCAUCAUGAAAGUCUCUCUUCAACAUACAAAAUUACUGAUUAAAACCACAAACAAGUAUGUAUUUUGUAAACAUAAAUGACAAUGACAAAAUUUGCAGUGUGCUAUAUUCUGGUAAUGAUCAUGAGGAUGACUAAAUUUGUACAUAUUGUUUUGUAAUGAAUUACAACAUGAUCCGUUACUGAAUUGUCCCUUUUUAAGCGAUUUUGUAUGCAACUUAGGAUUCAAAAGAGCUAAAAAAGGGAACAGAUUUGUAGAUGCAAAGCACACUAAUAAUGUAAAUGGUUAUAUGUUAGAGCAUCAUGCAAGGAUGCCAGAUUCCACAAUGGUUAAGACAGAAAUACAUUACAUGCCAGCCAGAAGAUACAAGAAAGAAUUUAUAAGCUGCAACAGUCCAGAGGACCCUGAAGUUGAUAUUGUUACAAAUCAGAAUUGUCCAAAUUUUAUCCAGUCAAAACAAAAAAAAUAUCUUAGAAACUUUUUUUAGCCAAUGGACUUUUUUUUUCAAUCUCAAAUAAAAUAACAAAACAAUUUUAAUAAACAGAAAUAUGAAUUAAAAACUCAAAUUUAAUCUAAACAAACAUAUUCCAAAAUAUGUGAAAAAACAAAACAAAGUAAAUUGACAAUAAAAUACAAACUUCAUGUGCUAGUAUGCUACACAAUCCGAAUUUCAUCACAGCAAACAAAACAUGCCGAGUUAGCUAAGAACCAGCAUUACUGUUUUCUGCAACAACUCUUGACUGAGAAAUCCCUGAUAGUGGCAGGUUUUGCAACAUCAGCUAUAUAGCUAGGACGAAUUCAGCUACUGUCUGGAGUAGAAUUCUAGCAGGUGGCUGCUCGGAUCAAUAGUUUUCCAUGGUUUCUCCAAUCUCUAUCAGAUUAUUUUGUGAAAGUAUCCUAAUAAUGGGCUUUGGAACGUGCAAGAUCCUCCCUUC